AUGAAAGUUGAGUGUGUUCUUGUGGUGUUUGUUGUCUUUGCUCUUGCAGUUGCUGAGACAGAGAUAAAACCUAGUGUUUGGGAGCCCAUUGAAGACAUCAACGAUCCUCAUGUGACAGAGAUAGCGAAUUUCGCCGUGAAGAAAUAUGACGAGGAAAAUGGUCAAAGCCUGAAGUUGGAGAAGGUGAUAAAAGGUGACACUGAAGAAGUAAGAUUGGCAACUUUUUAUCGCCUCACUCUCAGCGCCACCAAUGGCUCCUCUUCCAACAAUUAUGAAGCCGUUGUGGAGGGUAAAUAUCGAAAGAGACAAACGCUGAGUACAGAAAGUAGAAGAAAGAAACUGAGUCAGACGAGUGAACGAGACUGUGGAAAAUCGAAAUCGGAUAGGGUAAGAGAAGAAGCGGAGAUAGGAGUGUGCGCGUCGAAACCGAAGGGGCUUCGAAGGGGCUCUUCGUCGGAGGCGGUGGUGUAUUCCCCUCCGGAUUCCCCCACUAUGAAGAGCCUCUUCAAGUCCAAGCCCCGCACUCCUUCCGACAUCGUUCGCCAAACGCGAGAUCUUCUCCGCCUCACCAACCGCGAUGACGACAAGAUGGCCGACCUCAGCAAAAACCUCCGGGAGAUGAAGUCAAUCCUCUAUGGAAACAGCGAAUCCGAACCGGUCCCCGAGGCUUGUGCGCAGCUGACUCAGGAAUUCUUCAAGGAAAACACCUUGCGCCUCCUUAUCCAAUGUCUUCCCAAAUUGAACUUGGAGGCCAGGAAGGAUGCUACUCAAAUUGUUGCGAAUUUACAGAGGCAGCAGGUUCAGUCUAAGCUCAUCGCGUCUGAUUACUUGGAGACAAAUAUGGAUCUCAUGGAUGUAUUGAUAUCUGGCUAUGAAAACAUGGACAUGGCUUUACACUACGGUGCGAUGUUGAGAGAGUGCAUAAGACAUCAAAUUGUUGCAAGAUAUGUUCUGAACUCAUCUCAUAUGAAGAAGUUUUUUGACUACAUUCAACUUCCAAAUUUUGACAUAGCUGCAGAUGCCGCAGCUACUUUUAAGGAGCUAUUGACGAGACAUAAAUCUACUGUAGCUGAAUUCCUUUCCAAGAAUUAUGAAUGGUUUUUUGCUGAAUAUAACUCUAAGCUGUUGGAAUCUUCCAAUUAUAUUACAAGGCGUCAAGCUGUCAAGUUGCUGGGAGAUAUGUUACUUGAUCGCUCAAAUUCAGCAGUAAUGACACAAUAUGUCAGCUCACGAGACAACUUAAGGAUUUUAAUGAAUCUUCUACGAGAGUCAAGCAAGAGCAUACAGAUAGAAGCAUUUCAUGUUUUCAAGCUGUUUGCUGCUAACCAAAAGAAACCUGCUGAUAUCAUCAGCAUACUUGUUGCAAACAGAAGCAAGCUUCUUAGACUUUUGGGUGACUUAAAAAUCGAUAAAGAGGAUGAACAGUUUGAAGCUGACAAAGCUCAAGUUAUUAGAGAAAUAGCUGCUCUUGAACCUAGAGAUCUUGCUUGA